AUCAAUGUUUCCAUACAGAGCAUAGGAAGGAACCUGUUUUUGUUUUUUUUCUCUGUACAUUAUUUAAUCUUCAGUGGGCUGUGAGCUUUAUCAGGAGAUGUUGCCUCAUUUUCUAAUUUACUGUUUGCUGAAACCUUCAGCCUGAUAAUUAAUGUAUGAGGGAAAAUGCUCUCAGUAUUAUUACAAUGUGUUCAGCCAGUAGAUUGGAGGCUGUGGUUAAAUUAAAUGUUUUACUUUUGGGUGAAAAGCUUUAACUAAAAUCAUAAUCUUUCUUUAUGUCUGACUGUUGAGAAUGUGAAACGGCAUGACUAACUCUUCACAGGUUUUUUUUUUUUCUUUCACUGCUUAUAUCAACUCCUGGGGUUUGACCUAUUUGUAUUUCACUGUCAUCUUGAUUUUGUAUGCCUUCAUAGUCUUCUCUAACGUCCUGCUCAUUGUUGUGAUCUGUUCAAACAGGAGCUUACAUGAACCCAUGUACAUGUUUCUCUGCAGCCUGUUUGUCAAUGAACUGUAUGGCAGCUCAGGCUUGUUUCCCUUCUUGCUGGUUCAGAUCCUCUCAAAUGUCCACAUUAUUUCUGCUCCGCUCUGCUUCCUUCAGGUUUUUAUGGUCCAUUCUUACGGGGCAGUUGAAUUUUUAAACUUAGCAGUUGUCUCGUAUGACCGUUACCUCGCUAUCUGUUACCCUCUGCAGUACAACAACAAAAUGACACCCAAAAAGAUUGCCGUACUGAUUGCUGUAGCCUGGUUGUAUCCACUUAUUAUUGUCUCCUACAUUAUGCCUCUGCUACUGGUGAAGCUGUGUGGGAACCAGAUAAACAAAGUGUACUGUGAUGUUCAUUCUGUGGUUAAACUGGCCUGUACGGAAAGGGCCAUCACGAACAUUUUUGGACUCACUGCUACAUUCAGUACUAUCUUGGUCUCGUUGCUUCUGAUUCUAUACACCUACAUCAAGAUCCUUGUUGUGUGUUUCUCUGGAUCCAAACAAACCCGUCAGAAAGCCUUGAACACCUGUACACCUCACCUGGCCUCCAUCUUGAACUUUUCCUUCGCUGGUAGCUUUGAGAUCUCUCAGAGCAGAUUCAACAUGAGCUUCCUGCCAAAUUUUCUGCGUAUUUUCCUCUCGCUUUACUUCCUAACUGCACAGCCUCUUUUUAACCCACUGAUGUAUGGCCUGAAGAUGUCUAAAAUAAGAAAUGCUUGUAAAACUCUAGUUCUGAAUGUAAACCAGUGACACAAAUGUAUUGUAUUUACACAACAUUAACCUAUAGUAGCAAAGAAAAGGAAUCUUUGUAGACCCAGACCAGACAAAUAACCAAUUAUUUUAUUACUCUUUAAGAAGCAUUUUGUUCAAAAGGAUCAAAAUAGUAUAUGAAAACCAUAUUUUUACAAAGUGAGUCUCAGUUAAAGGUUAUUUGGACCAAAAAAAGAUGGUGAAGAAAGUCCACUCAUUUUGAUGCUUCAUGCUGGAGGAUUUUUUCAUGGGUUCAAAAUUGCUUUUGAUUUCUUUUUAUAGGUUUUCUGAUGCAUCUAUAUUGUUAAAAAAAAAGAAUUUCGAUCUUUUUGAUGGUGUAGAUAUGAGUGGAAAAAGAAAUUAGAAUAAAGAAGGAACUUCCUGGAGAAGCAUUAGUUUCCUCUGGCUGCUCUCUUUUUAAUAAACCCUGAAGAUUUUUAGCCUUAUUUAAAGUGUGACAAAAGAAAGUUUUGAUGUUUAUAAACCAAGAUUUUGCUUAGAUCUGCUAAAACACUAGGGGGCCGAAAAGAAGUACAUACAGUCUAAUGCAACCUUAUUUAUACAA